UCUCAGGCGCUAUAGGGGACUUGGGGAGGGGCGACGCGGCCUAAACGCGUAUUUAAAAGAUGGCGGACACGGAACGUAAAUCGGUCGACGUUAUAGCUAACUGUGAUCGGACAAGUGAGCCGGUCCCUAAGAAACCACGGAGUAGUUUUCUUCAGAACUGUGUAGCAGACGUAGUUCACGGAGAGCAAAUAACAAGUGGAGACGUGACGGGCAGGAGUUGUGCGGUGGGGAGUUCAUCACGGGCAGAAGAUGCGGAGCCGGGGACGGGGGGGGUGGUGGUGGUGGGGACGGGGGAUGGACAAGAAAACAACAAUGAGCCCGUGAUCGCAGAUAACACUCUAAUGUCUGGACCUGAACGUGAAGCGUUAGAAACGGGUUAUUUGGAUGAUGAUGUUGACCACAAUGGAUUUUAUUCACCUGAAUUAGGUGGUGAUGACGACUGUUCCUCUCAUGCCAGUUCUAGUGACUGGACUCCCCAGCCACGUUUUGGAUCUUACCGCUUCAUUCAACAACAGAUAAUGAGAGAGACAGAUCCACGGACUAUUCUAAAUGACCUGCUUCCAGAAACUGUCAUUCCACCUGAUCUUGAUGACAUGACACUGUGGCAGAUUGUCCUCAACAUCUCAGAGCCUCCUAAAAGAAAGAAACGCAAAGAUAUUAACACCAUAGAGGAUGUCACCAGACUGCUUAAUGAUUGCAAAAAGAUACUUGUCCUGACUGGUGCUGGGGUUUCUGUUUCCUGUGGAAUACCUGAUUUUAGGUCAAGAGAUGGGAUUUAUGCUCGACUUGCUGUAGAUUUUCCAGACCUUCCAGAUCCUCAAGCAAUGUUUGAUAUUGAGUACUUCAAAAGGGAUCCCAGACCAUUUUUUAAAUUUGCAAAGGAAAUCUAUCCUGGACAGUUUCGUCCAUCACUUUGUCAUAGAUUUAUUGCUUUGCUGGAUAAGAGAGAGAAAAUUCUCAGGAACUACACUCAGAACAUUGACACUCUGGAGCAGGUUGCAGGAGUCCAAAGGGUCAUGCAGUGUCAUGGUUCCUUUGCAACUGCAUCCUGCCUUGUGUGUAAACACAAAGUUGAUUGUGAGGCCAUAAGGGAAGAUAUAUUCAGACAGGUUGUUCCCCAUUGUCCAAGGUGCCCUAAUAUCCCUUUUGCUAUUAUGAAACCAGACAUCGUCUUUUUUGGAGAGAACCUUCCUGAAGCUUUUCAUAGGGCCAUGAAGAAGGACAAGGAUGAGGUGGAUCUCCUCAUUGUUAUUGGAUCAUCUUUGAAAGUGCGGCCAGUGGCUCUUAUCCCAAGCUCUGUUCCCCCUGAAGUGCCUCAAGUUUUGAUCAACCGUGAGCCCCUGCUUCACAUGAAUUUCGACGUAGAAUUGCUAGGAGACUGUGAUGUCAUCGUUAACGAAUUAUGUCAUCGACUGGGUGGUGACUUUAAGCAGCUUUGCUCCAACUUUUCUCGACUAAAUGAGAUCACAGACAUACCUCCUCCUCUGCCAUCUGCUCUAUCUGAACAGGAAUGUAAUCAAGUUCAAACAUCUGAAGUUCAAAAUAAAGGACACUUUUUCACAGAAAACAAUGAGACAGUUGCAGAAACAUCAGAGACAGUAACAGUUAUAGACUCUUGUCCAGAUGCCCAGUUCUUGAAAGAUGGGGGUUUAAACACAUCUCGAUCAGCCAAGGAAACAAAACCCUUGUCAGUGUUGGAAAAUAGAUCAAGCUUACAAAAACGUUCAACCCAAGAAAAUGAGGAGUGUCUUAAUGCCCAGCCAAGCCCCUGCCGAGAGAGUCCAGAUGUUCAUCAAAAUGCAUCGUUGGAUGCUGUUGGACAUAGUCCAAGUACACAACAAGAAAGAGAAAGGAUAAGGGAGUUGCAGGAUAUUCAAAGCGAAGAGAAGCAUGCAAAUCAAAGAGAUGAUGUUCGCAAACAAUGCUGGUUGAAACAAACCUGUCGCAGUCCAAUCAGUAAUCGCCUUGGAAGUUCUCAAUUCUUAUUUCAGGCUCCAAAUCGUUACAUUUUCCAUGGGGCUGAAGUGUACUCCUGCUCAGAAGAUGAGACCUCUAGUUCCUCUGACAAUGACGGUUCCUGCUGCAGUGGCAGUGGUUUGGAGGAACAAGAAAGCGAUACAGAUGAGGAAUGCAUACCGGAAAAUGGUCCAGGACAUGGGGAGGGUAGUGUUGGAGAGACAGAGAAUGAAAAUAAAUGCAUGUCAAAUAUCGACACAGACAGUAUAAUGAAGAAUCGCGACACCAUGACAGAUGUUUAAAAUAUUAAUAUUGGUUUCCCAGCUUCUCUAUAAGUAAUAAUGUGUAUGUCUUGUGCUUUUUUUUUCUUGUUUGAGAAUAUAUUUUUAUACUCUUCUCCCUCCAGGCCCACCCUUUUGCAGUUACUGCCUGUCCAAAUCUAUUUGGACAGGGAAGUCACUAUAGAGUUUUUUUUUUAUUGUUUAUUCAUUCUUGAUUAGAGAUGAAAGACUGAUGGAUUGAAAGUAAUGGCUACUUUUAUAUUUGGGUAUUUUACUAUUUUAUAUGUGCUUCAUAAUUUUGUUCAUAUAGCUCUUGUGUCUUCAUUUGAUGAGAAUAUGUUUUGGAUAAAUUAUAUUAAUCUUGAUUUGUUGAUUUUUCUGUACAUAUCCAGUUUAACUAUGCACAAGCCUGUAGAUAAAAAAAAAAAAAUAAUUAAAUCACAAAGCAAAUGACGAGAAUUAUCUUUGUAAAAGAAAAAUAUAGUUUGAUGGGCAGUAAGAUUUAAAAACAUCUUACAGGCAUUUUCAACAAAUUAAGAAGUAUGUUGCAAAGCAAAAUGUUACAUGGCUAAAACUGAAAUGCCUAAUAAGAUUGAAUUGAUGCUAGAGGCUUAAUAUUACGGAGUUAACUACCUCAUCUUGAAAAAAAACUAUGCUUUCAGGGGCACUGUUUGUCAUGUUGAAAUUAGCCUUUACAUUUGUUUGGUUAAAAUAAUUCCAGGUAUUCUGAAUUGAAAUUGAGCUAGAUGUAAUUUUACUGCAGUUAUUAACCUGAAAAGAUAAUAAGGCAACUUUGUAAUUAGUUGCGGCCAUUAUUUUUUUCCUUCUCUAAGUAGUAUAAUUUAUCCAUUCAUUAAGAAAAUUUUCACCUAAAGGUUCCUGUUGAGGCUUUAAGAUUUUUUGUUAAAGGGGUUAUUAAACUGGCACCUUGCUACCUUAAAGGUAGGGUCUCCGAUGUUUGAAAGCCAAUGUUGACAUUUGAAUUCACCAAAACAAACAUGUCCCUAACCCAAAUGGGUCCCACCCCUGUAUUGAUAGCUCCGCCCACACAUACAUACGUAACCCAGGCAACUAAUGGAAAGAAAUGUGUCUUUAUCAUAGCUGAAGGGAAGAACAAUACGAUUGCAGAUAAACAAAACAACACACAGGCAUAAUCAUGCAAAGGACGGCAUAUUUUAGUUCUGUGAAACAAAGCAAAACCAACGUUACUCACCUAUCAAGAAGGAAAAAAGCAACUGCUUAAGUAAAGUUGGCCGCAUAUUCACAGACUGGAGUUUCCCGAGUCAAUAACUCCUGAGCUAAACGCUGUUACUAGCAAAACGAGGUUGUAGCUGCCUCUCUACAUUACUACGAUAGAAAAGAGGUGUUAUUUGUGUAGUAACAGCGUUUAGCUCAGGAGUUAUUGACUGGGGAAACUCCAAUCUGUGAAUAUGAGGCCAACUUCCUGCUCCUUCAGUUCUCUCCAGUGCUGGAAAGCUGAUCCUAUAUUAACACGGUCCUACUUCUUGCCUUAUCGUAAGCCUUUCUUUGCUUUCUUUCUUUGUUUUUAUCCUCCAUGUCAAUGUUAAAACCGCUUUCUGCUAAUGUCGCACAUGUGCACUGAACACUCUCUGAGCCCAUAUUGACAAGACACGCCCCAUUCUGCUCAUUGGCUACACGUUUGUUUUGAUUUUUCUUUGGCAUUCGGCCCGACUCUCUUCUGAAGCAUUUCUCAAAAAUCGGAGACCCUACCUUUAAGUUGACCAUGCCACAACAGUAGCCAUAUAUGUAUAAAUCAAAUUUGAAAAUUUCAAAUUUCCUUCUGCUGUGCAUUUUGAACAUCCUAUUCCAUAUUUAGAUUAAGGGCUUGUUCCAGUGAAAAGAAAGUGUAAUGCUAAAGCGUACAAGGAUACCCCAUGCAUUUGUGUGCUUAUAGCUUUAUGGCAACAGUCUAGGGAAGUCCCACAUAUGGGUAUGAUGGUCAUGUGUACAACACUUUGCCCAUAUACACUCACUGUCAAAUUUAUUAGAAACACCUGUCCAGCUGCAGUUAUCCAAUCAUGUGGCAGUAGAACAAUGUGUAAAUCAUGCAGUUACAGGUCAAGAGCUUCAGUUAAUGUUCUCAUAAAACCUCAGAAUAUUGAAAAAUAGUGAUAUCUGAGACUUUGUGGCAUGUUUGUUAGUACCAUAUAGGCUAGAUUGAGUAUUACAGAAAGUGUUGACCUGUGAGUGUCAUACACAACAGUCUUAGAAUUUACACAGAAU